AUGGCAGCACCCGCUGCCGACAAGUAUUCCGAAGCCGAGGGCGUCGUCGAGACUGUAAUCAAAAUCUUCUCCGAGCGCACCGACCCAAACACCGCGCGCGACGCGGGGCGCGAGAUCUGCGAGAUCAAGCGCCGCGCCACCGCGCGCCACGCCGAGCUCGUCCGCAGCAUCCGAGAGCUGACAAACGAGGCGGAGCGGGCGCGGCGGCGGCUUGCCGAGGGCGAGCAGCUGGAGGCGGGGAGCGCGGUGCGGGAGGAGCUGCUCUCGGCCAAGGCGCGGGCGGAGCGGUCUAUCUCGCGGAUGCGGCAGGAGAACCUCGCGCUGCAGCAGCAGAUCGGCACCGCCGAGACGCGUGCGUCCGAGCUUGCUGCGCGCGAGCAGGGCGUGCGGCAGCAGGAGCUCGUCGAGGUGCCUCGCGCGCGCCACACCAUCUCGCUGUACGCAAACAUCUCUUCGAUCCGGUGGGACUUUGGCACGUCCAACGUCAAGGGCUUCCUCGCCUCCAGCGGAGGGAGCGAGGGCCCGGCUGGACGCGGCGUUAGCCUCGCCCCCGCCUUUGAGAUGGACCCGGCACAGCAGUCGGGCUUCGAGAUGACCAACCACCUGUGGGAGCUUAUGGGCACGAGCUGA